AGAAAAAUGAAAAUCGAAAGAUCGACUGUUGCUUGCUUAGGGCAACCAGAUUAACACAUUCUUAUCCAAAUUUUAAUUCCUCACUGUUGAGAUAUAUAAUUUUGUUAAAGCCUCUACUCCACUACCAGUUCACACUUCCCUUUCUCUACACGCCAAGUAACACUAAUCCUUUUUUUUUCUUUUAACUAAUGAUACUAUUUGAGUAACACUUACCUUUCAAUGAAUUUCCAUUACUACUAGCUUUUGCUUCGGAUCUGCUGCUCUCUGUUUCACGAGAUCUCCUCACUUUUUAACUCGCUUUGAUAGCCAAUGGCGUUGAAGCGGGGACUAUCAAGUGUGCGUGUACUAAGCAACAGGAGUUCUGGAUCUCGAUUGCCUAUUGCCAUUCUUGUUUUCUUCUCAGUUCUCGCGCCACUUGUUUUCUUUGUCGGUCGAGGGCUUUAUAUUUCUGAUCAAAAUAGUAUUCAAAGUGAUUUUAGCAAACAGAAUGUUGAUUGGAGAGAAAGGUUGGCUCUGCAAUCUAUCAAAAACCUUUUCACUAAGGAGGUUGUUGAUGUUGUAACUACAAGCACGGCUGAUUUGGGGCCACUAAAUCUUGAUUCUUUUAGAAAAGGCAAUUUGUCUGCGUCAUGGAAAGUUGUUGGGGUAGAGACUUCGGUUCAGGAUAAUGCUAUUUCAAAGUCAAACCAAAAGGCUACAGACUUGAAACAAGAAACAUCCCAGGAUAAAGAGGGAAAGUUUCUAGAUGAUGAUCAUUCACAUGAUACACCUGCUAAAAUACUUCGAAGGCAACUUAGAGAUGAUAGACGUGAGAAGCGGGCCACUGAAUUGGUGAAACAAGAUGAGAAAGUUACCGUGAAACUUGAAAAUGCUGCCAUUGAACGAUCCAAAGCUGUAGACUCUGCUGUUUUGGGCAAAUACAAUCUAUGGAGGAGAGAAAAUGAGAAUGUUAACUCUGAUUCCACAGUGCGCUUGAUGAGGGAUCAAAUUAUAAUGUCAAAGGUUUAUGUCAGUAUAGCUAAGUCGAAAAAUAAGCUUGACUUGCAACAAGAAUUGCAAAUUAGGCUGAAAGAGAUUCAGCAGGCCUUAGGAGAGUCAACAGCUGAUUCCGGUCUACCUCACAGUGCAUCUGAGAAAAUUAAAGAAAUGGGUAAAGUUCUAUCCAAAGCAAGGGAACAAUUGUUUGAUUGCAAGUUGGUUACUGGAAAGCUGAGAGCAAUGCUUCAGACAUCGGAAGAACAAGUUAGGAGAUUGAAAAAACAGAGCAUGUUCCUGAGUCAAUUAGCUGCUAAAACAAUUCCCUAUUCAAUCCAUUGCUUGUCAUUGCGUUUGACCAUACAAUACUACCUCCUUCCCCAAGAGAAGAGAAAGUUCCCUAGAAGUGAGAAUUUGGAAAAUCCAAAUCUCUACCAUUAUGCCCUCUUCUCUGAUAAUGUCUUGGCUGCAUCAGUUGUUGUCAACUCAACCAUCAUGAAUGCCAAGGAUCCUUCAAAACAUGUUUUUCAUCUCGUUACCAAUAAACUUAAUUUUGGAGCAAUGAACAUGUGGUUUCUGUUGAAUCCCCCUGGAAAAGCCACCAUUCAUGUUGAAAAUGUUGAUGAAUUCAAGUGGCUUAAUUCAUCCUAUUCCCCUGUCCUACGUCAACUUGAGACUGCUUCAAUGAAGGAGUAUUAUUUCAAGGCGGAUCAUCCAACUGUAUCUGGAUCUUCAAACUUGAAGUAUCGAAACCCGAAGUAUCUCUCAAUGCUUAAUCACUUGCGGUUCUAUCUUCCACAGGUCUACCCCAAGUUAGAUAAGAUACUGUUUCUUGAUGAUGACAUUGUUGUCCAGAAAGACUUGACUGGAUUAUGGUCUGUGGAUCUGCAUGGAAAAGUGAAUGGUGCUGUAGAAACUUGUGGUCAAAGCUUUCAUCGUUUUGACAAGUAUCUUAACUUCUCAAAUCACCAUAUUUCACGAAACUUUGAUCCUAAUGCUUGUGGAUGGGCAUAUGGAAUGAAUAUGUUUGAUCUCAGGGUGUGGAAAAAGAAGGAUAUCACUGGCAUAUACCACAAGUGGCAAAAUAUGAAUGAAGAUAGGGCAUUGUGGAAGCUUGGGACACUUCCUCCGGGGUUGAUCACAUUCUAUGGUCUAACACAUCCACUUGAGAAGUCAUGGCAUGUACUUGGUCUGGGCUACAAUCCAAGUGUACACAAGAAAGAAAUCGAACAUGCAGCAGUUAUCCACUACAAUGGCAACAUGAAACCAUGGCUGGACUUGGCUAUGACAAAAUAUAGACCAUACUGGACCAAGUAUGUCAAGUAUGAUCAUUACUACCUUCGCAGUUGCAACCUUAGUGAAUGAAGGUGAAUUAAGUGUGGCAUUUUGGUUUUUUGCUUUUCUUCUCUCUAUCCCCACAUUGUUUAUUCUUCUAGUUAUUUCAUUAAAUUCAUUCCUUUAGUGCUCACCCGUUGGAACGAGUUAACGAAUUGUAUGCAAUGUUGACCUUUGAAGACACCCUAUAAUUUUUUACAUUUAGACAACAGAAUAGGUGGAAUCUUAUAUGAAUGUAUUUUUUGAACAAUGGCUCCCCUUUCUAGAUUUAAAUUUAUAUCUUUAUAAAGACUCCAA